AUGGCAGCACCCGGGGGACCUCUCACCCAGGUCAAGCUGCCGGCGGGCCCUUCGCCUGUCACGGCUGAGCAGCGCUACUGGCAGUCUUUCAAGAACCAACUCCAGAUCCCCUCGCCCACGAAAUAUCCCAUCACCCACAUCAGGGGGGCUUCCAACGACGGUCACUUUGCCGGCACCACCGGGACGCGGGUUCAGAUCUACUCGGGACGCACGCGGAAACUCGAAAAGACCGUCACCCGCUUUGCCGAUGUCGCCCGGAGGGGGGAUAUCCGCCGCGAUGGCAAGGGCCUCGGGGCCGGCGAGGACACUGGCCGGAUCCAAGGCUUUGACGCCACUCGGGGGCCACCUGAAGAAGGGAUGAACACAAGAGGCCGGCUGGGCAAGAGCAACCAGCCCACCCACACCUUCAUCGGCCACCAGGACUACGUCCGCAGCGCCGAUUUCAUGCCCGGCUCCAUGGCCAACCUGCUCGUCUCGGGCAGCUACGACUCGACUGUUCGUCUCUGGGAUCCGAGGAUCGGCUCCAACCAGGCUGUCAUGACCUUCAAACACGCCGCCCCCGUCGAAGACGUCCUCGCCCUGCCCUCCGGCACCACGCUGCUCGCUGCCGCUGGACCCGCCAUUUCCGUUCUCGAUCUCGUCGCCGCCCGUCCCCUGCAGCAGCUCACGAACCACCAGAAGACUGUCACGUCUCUGUGCCUCGCCAGCGGCGGCACCCGUCUCGCCUCGGGCGGCCUCGACGGCCACGUCAAGAUUUUCGAGACGACCGGCUGGAACGUCGUGUCGACGACGAAAUACUCCUCUCCCAUUCUGACCCUUCGCGUCCUCGGCGCCUCCGACUCGUCCACCUCAACGGCGUCCGCCGCCGGCGCCGAUCCGGGCUCCAACGCCGGCAACGACCGCCACCUCCUCGUCGGCAUGCAGUCGGGCGUCCUCAGCAUCCGCACCCGUCUCUCCGGUGCUGAGGCCACGCGCCAGCGCGACCGUGACCGUGAGAUGGCCGCCCUCCUCGCCGGCACACUCGACGCGCACGACGCGCAGCACGCCAAGAAGAAGCGCCGCAUCGCCGCCACGCGCCGCCUCGACAUGCCCGGCGAGUCAACCGACGUCGGCCGCGACGAGCGCACCGUCCAGCCCAUCCUCAAGUGGGUGUGCGCCCACGUCGUCGACCCCCGCUACGUCAGCGCAUGCGUCGAGGUCGGCAUGCACCUCAUUGAGCUCUACGCCGAGUACGCCGGCGGCAGCGCCGACCUCGCCGACGGCUUCCGCCUGCUGCGCCGCCGCGUCGGGGGGCGAGGGUCGAAAAGGCAAAAGGCCGCGUGCGAGACCGGGCGGCAUGGUCGACGGCCUCAUCCUCGGCGCUGCCUGAGUUUCCCUCCCCUCUUUGUCCACAUUUUCUCUCAGCUAUCUUGCUUUCUCCCUUCCUCUUACGUGGAACCCUCCUGA